GCGGAUAUAGUGAAUGCGGGGUCCGGGGAGAGCGGAUAUAGUGAAUGCGGGGUCCCGGGAGAGCGGAUAUAGUGAAUGCGGGGUCCGGGGAGAGCGGAUAUAGUGAAUGCGGGGUCCGGGGAGAGAGGAUAUAGUGAAUGCGGGGUCCGGGGAGAGCGGAUAUAUGAAUGCGGGGUCCGGGGAGAGCGGAUAUAGUGAAUGCGGGGUCCGUGGGAGAGCGGAUAUAGUGAAUGCGGGGUCCGGGGGGAGAGCGGAUAUAGUGAAUGCGGGGUCCGGGGAGAGCGGAUAUAGUGAAUGCGGGGUCCGGGGAGAGCGGAUAUAGUGAAUGCGGGGUCCGGGGAGA